GUCAAAGGCAUGCAGCCGUUCGGAAAAAACGUAAACAAAAACAUUACAUGUGUAUUUAAUACAGGGCAUGAGCAGCAGUCAGCUAUACAAAAAUCUGGAGCUGGUUUGACUGGAAACCAUACAGUCGGUGUAUGCCAAGCAGUAAACUCGUCUUUGUUUUGUGAUGCCUGCAUGAUAAGCAACUAUAACAACAGUGGGAAAAAUAAAUAUCAAAAAUGUUGACCAACCAUCAUCAAGAUCACUGCUGUCCCGGCUUUUGUGAUUGCCUCUUUCCUCGUUGCAUGGAAGUGACCAAUCACAAGGGUAAUAUUCUGGACCUAGUCAAGUGCCGGUGCGGCGAGGCCGAUUCUGGACAUCGUUUGGAUUGGCUAUGGCAAACCACAGACUCUUCGGAUGCUCAGAUCAAUGGACGGGACAUCAUAUUCCAUCCCACCUACAGUCAGGGUACGGCCAUAGUUCGUGGCGAGAAACCGCUAAAGGCGGGUAAGGUGCACUUCUGGGAGAUGCGUAUCAUUACCGCUUUGACUGGCACAGAUGUGAUGUUUGGCAUCGGCACGGAAAAUGUUAAUUUGGAACAAUUUAAAUUCCAUUUCGUAUCCGCAUUAGGCACCAAUGCUCAAUCCUGGGGCUUCUCGUAUUCCGGUAAAAUCCAACAUUGUGGCGAACAGCUUCCCUAUGGCCAAAAAUUCUCUCAGGGUUGUCUAGUCGGAGUCUAUUUGGAUCGCUGUCGAGGGCAUCUCGAGUUCUAUUUAAAUCGACGAGCUCUUGGUGUUGCAUAUACCAAUAUUCCCACAGAUCCGGAUGUUUUAAUAUAUCCUAUGGUCUGUUCCACGGCUGCCAAGUCUGUGAUAAGUCUUGUUAGUUCCACAUCCCAGGAAGUGACAUUGCAAUUGAGGGCAUUCCAAACUCUCUCCAAGCAGCCACAGAAGUUAGAGGAAUUACGUCAAAUGCCCGGCCUCAAGAGUAUUUUGCAAUCAUAUUGGUUUCUGGCCCCACCGGUGCGAUACUCGCAAAGAGCCAAAGAGAAUGAGCUGGAUUUAGGCGAUGAGGCUGUAUUGUGUCCAAGCUCCAAACUGAGAUUGGGAAGAAAACAAAAAUAUACAGAAACCGACGGUGCGAACAUCGAUGACGAUUUAUACUCCAAUGCACACAAGAUUACGUUACGCCGUAGCUUGGACAGCGGUGACGAGGAGCAUACAACAUCUGUUCAUGAUAUGUGCGAUGAAUAUUUUCACUAUUUAUUAUAAGAUAUCAUUUUUGCCAUUAUUUACCCAUUUCAAUAUUAAGUGUAUGCAUUUAUUUUUUUAAAAGUAUGAUUUAAAUGUGUAUAAUAAA